ACAACUCUGGACAAAAUAGUGAUUGUAUUUUCUACAGAUUUUAUUUGUUGGCGAUGAAAAUUUCAAGUUUAUGGUUUCUAUUUCAAACUUGAUAAUUCAAAUGGGAAAGCAUUAGUACAAAUGAUUUGAAAAUUAGUCAUGCCAGGUUUAGAAGAAAGUAUUUCACACGACACCAGUCCACCCACAGAGAGCCUAAUGUCCGAUGGAAUUAUAUCCGAGCAAGUGAAAAAAUUUUUGUUCACAUCUCGUAAAACCCAGGAUAACGUGCAGUGUAACGAUACCUUAGAGAUUUAUAUUCCAGAGUUACUUCAAGCUAGUUAUAGUUUUUAUACUUGGCCAUCUGCACCUGUAUUAGCUUGGUUUCUUUGGGAACACAAAGAAGAACUUGUUGGAAAAAGAGUUUUAGAACUUGGAUCGGGUACAGCUCUUCCUGGGAUUUUAGCUAGUAAAUGUGGUGCCAUUGUAACUUUAAGCGAUUCUGCUAGUCUUCCUCGAAGUCUACAACAUAUAAGAAGAAGUUGCGAAUUAAAUGGUGUUUUGUCUCAAGUUCAAAUUGUCGGUAUUACAUGGGGAUUAUUUUUGUCUAGUUUAUUUACCAUUGGUCCGUUGGAUUUAAUUCUUGGAUCUGAUUGUUUCUAUGAACCAACAGUAUUUGAGGACAUAGUUGUUACAAUAGCUUUCUUAUUGGAGAGAAAUCCGAAUGCAAAAUUUCUUUGUACGUAUCAGGAACGAAGCGCAGAUUGGUCCAUAGAACAUCUGUUAAAUAAAUGGAAUCUCACUUGCACUCAUAUAUCGUUGGCUGGACUUGGCAGUGAUUCUGACAUAAACAUAUAUGAUUUAAUGCAAGAUCAUACUAUUCAUUUAUUAAGUAUACAACGUGCAACUUGAAUAGGUUCAAAUUGUCAUGGGUUCUGGAUAUUUAAUCUAUAUACGUAAUAUUCCUUGGACUGUUUCUCAUUUUGAUCUUCAGAAAUAUUUUUCAAUGUUUGGUGAUGUGACAAAAGCAAAAGUCACAUUUAACAAU